GGUAAAGUUUGUUGGUUAGUCAACAAUAUCUAGCUGUUGGCAUUGUUCUUGCGUUUAUCGAAGAAAAAUAAUUUAUAUUAUCAUAGUACUGACGGUGUUCCCUGCAUUAACUUUCUAAAAUCUACUAAACGAGAAUAUUAAAUGUUGUGGAAGACCGAGAGUUGCCUUGGCAGCUGGUUUUACAAAGUGAGCUGACAACUUUGCUAAUCAACUAGCCACUUAGCUAACUAGUAAGAGGAAGAAGUGCGGGCAGAGCUUGUGAGCCAUCUUGUGUGUGUAUUCGCUUACGAUUUUUUCAUUACUGGAUGGAUAUAUUUCAUUGUAAGUCCGUGGGGCACGAAAAUAUUUCGAGGCCAUACCUGAUGUGAUAAUAAAAAGAAAACAAUCGUACACACGGAAUUUCUGCGCCAGAAUAACAGAACUGAAACAUCUUCGGUGGUUUGCAGCUGUUGGUACCGCUUGGCAGAAAAAGAGAUGCACUAUUACAGAUAUGAAAAUGCAGAGGUCAGCUGUUGCUACAAAUACCUCAUGUUCAGCUACAACAUUAUCUUUUGGCUAGCUGGAACAGCGUUCAUUGCAAUUGGCUUCUGGGCCUGGAGUGAAAAGGGUGUUUUAUCAGAUCUGACACAAGUUACACGUCUGCAUGGUUUUGACCCAGUUUGGGGGGUGCUUGUUGUGGGCACAGUCACUUUCAUUUUGGGUUUUGCUGGGUGUGUUGGAGCUCUCAGGGAAAACAUCUGCCUUCUUAAGUUUUUCUCUGGAGUCAUUGGCUUCAUCUUCUUCCUGGAGUUGACGGCUGCGGUGUUGGCGUUUGUGUUCCAGGGCCAAGUUAGGGAGUGGAUCAAUGAUUUCUUCUUGGCCAAUGUAAAGGCCUACAGGGAAGACAUUGACCUGCAGAAUCUGAUCGACUCUCUCCAGAAACUGAAUCAUUGCUGUGGAGCUAAAGACCCCAACGACUGGAAUCUAAAUGUGUAUUUUAACUGCACAAAGGAUAACCCCAGCAGAGAGAAAUGUGGAGUGCCCUUUUCCUGCUGCAUCAGCGACCCUGCUGAUACAGUGGUGAACACGCAGUGUGGAUAUGAUGUUAGAAUAUCUGGCACACCGUCUCAAUGGGGCAACACCAUUUAUGUCAAAGGAUGCAUGAUGGCUUUAGAGGAGUGGCUUCCACGCAAUCUCUACAUUGUGGCUGGAGUCUUCAUAGUCAUAUCAUUGCUACAGAUGGUGGGAAUCUUCUUGGCAAGGACGCUGAUUGGAGACAUUGAAAAAGUCGAGUUGAAUUAUUACUGAGCUCUGACGUAACUGAAAGGGAGCUAAGGGCAAUGUAUCGAAAAAGUCGUAGACCUACUUUUAUUUUUCUGCGUCUCUUUUUGUGGAGAAGAGGACUCUGGACCAUUCACUGGACCACCUUUUCAGCAUUUCUAUAGACCACAUAUUGAAUACGCAGCUGCCUAAGUUCACUUGGAUACUGUCACAUGUGUGCCUUGUCUCUUCUUCAAGUUUACCUCCAGCCCUCUCCCGAUUUUUAUUUGAAUCAUUUUUUUUUUUAUAGAACUACCAUUAACCAAACAUUUGUAUUUUUGGGACCACUAUUAACCAAGCUGGGUAUACAUAGUGGCAACAUAAUGGGACCAUAACCUGUAAACUAACCUGAAAUGUAAUUGUAAUGAUGUGAAGAAGUCAACCAAGCUUUGAUUACUGAAAUGUAUCUAUAUGGUCAUGUUGCAUACAC